UCCUAGGUCAGAAAGUACUGCAGAACCAAGCACAAAAGCAUCCAGGGAGAAGAUUAGAAGGGACAAGCUGAACGAGAGAUUCCUGGAAUUGGGUGCCAUUUUGGAGCCAGGGAAAACUCCUAAAAUGGACAAAUCAGCUAUAUUAAAUGAUGCUAUUCGUGUAGUAGGUGAAUUGCGUAGCGAAGCAAAAAAGCUCAAGGAUUCAAAUGAGAGUCUCCAAGAGAAGAUUAAAGAGCUGAAGGCUGAGAAGAAUGAGCUGCGAGACGAGAAGCAAAGGCUGAAGGCCGAGAAGGAGAGCCUGGAGCAGCAGAUCAAGUUUCUGAAUGCCCGCCCAAGCCUGGUACCACACCACCCGGUGAUCCCAGCCUCUGCCUUUGCAGCUCCUCAGGGGCCGGCAGCGGCCGGGCACAAGCUGAUGAUGCCUGUGAUUGGCUACCCUGGAUUCCCGAUGUGGCAGUUCAUGCCGCCUUCAAAUGUUGACACCUCUGAUGACCCCAAGUCUUGCCCUCCUGUGGCGUAA